AUGGCGGUGCGCAUACAUUUUUGGACAAUUGCCAUUAUGGAUGGGGAGAUCACAUCAUCUUUCAAUAAAACCAAAGAAAUAAAUAGGACUUAUGUCAUCUCUGCACACACAAAAUGUGGAGAAAACACAUUCAAGACACCUUCCUCUGGUGGCAGACUGACUCUUCAGAGGAAACCCAGCUGUAGGACUACUUUAAACCUUCAUGAAGACACCAUACAGGAGAACACGGAGAACCAAAGCACAGAGAAACGCCUGACUCUCCAACGCAGGACCAGAACAGGGUCCAUGAACAGAACCAAAGUCCUGUCUGAACCCAAUCCAUCACCAUGUGUCUCCACUGGGGUCAAGAGUUCACAGAUCCACAAAUCUGCCAACACACCUGGAAAAACCUCAUGCGGUGCUCAGAAAUCAGGUUCUGAGAAGGUAGAAGCAACCCAUGAUGGAGGAAAAACAGUAUCGACACCUACAAGAAGGACCCAGUUUGAGAAAUUAAGUGUCAAGAGAGAUGUCUUUGAGAGGUUAGCUGGAAAGGAUGCACCAAGACCUGUGCCUACAAAGCAGACAGGUGCUGGACGACACAAGCCACCACAUGAGACCGCAGAAACUGAGAGGUCAACAUGUGGAGCAGCAAGUGAGAAGGGGCAGAUUGGUGGUUUAAAUAGGCACAUGCCACCUACAUCACAUUUCGCACAGGUGAGAAGACCUGCAACCCUAAUGAGCUCCACACUUCAUGGAGGAAUAAGUGUUUCUAGACCCACUACAGGACAAACUCAUGUUCCUGUUGAAGCUACAAGCAGAACAAGUGCUGUGGAACUUCAAGAACUGAAGAUGGAGAACAGUGCUGUCACUGUUGCAGUUCGAGUUAGACCUUUCAGUUCGAGGGAGAACAAUGAGAAAGCCCGUCUGGUGGUCUUCAUGGACAACCAUGAAACUCUAGUGCAACAUCCAGACACUAAACAAAACUACAAGUUUACCUUUGACUUCUCGUUUUGCUCUAUCGAUGAAUCGCAAGCAAGCUUUGCCAGUCAGCAGAUGGUUUAUGAAAAACUGGCUCGGCCUUUGCUUGAAAGGGCGUUUGAAGGAUUUAACACAUGUCUGUUUGCCUACGGACAAACGGGUUCUGGAAAGUCCUACACUAUGAUGGGUUUCGGCGAAGAGGCUGGCGUAAUUCCCAGGUUCUGCGAGGAACUUUUCUGCAGAUUGUCCAGAACUGAGACCAAAGAGGUCUCUUGUCAUCUGGAGAUGAGCUAUUUUGAGGUGUACAAUGAGAAAAUCCAUGAUUUGCUAGUGGCAAAGGACGAACAGAAUCAAAAGAAAAUGCCUCUCCGUGUCAGAGAACAUCCUGUUUUUGGAGCUUAUGUUGCAGACCUGUCUACGAACGUGGUCACCUCCUAUGCAGAUAUUCAGAUUUGGCUUGAACUCGGUAACAAACAGAGAGCCACAGCUGCCACCGGCAUGAAUGAUAAAAGCUCCAGAUCCCAUUCUGUUUUUACUCUGGUCAUGACGCAAACUAAAACAGAGUUUGUGGAGGAAGAGGAACAUGAUCACUGCAUCACCAGCCGUAUAAACCUGGUGGAUUUGGCAGGAAGUGAGCGCUGUACCUCAGCCCAGACUAGCGGAGACCGCCUCAGGGAAGGAGCCAGCAUCAACAAGUCUCUGCUCACGCUGGGAAAGGUGAUCUCUUCACUUUCAGAACAGUCUCAGAGCAGAAAGAAGGUCUUCACUCCUUAUAGAGAGUCGGUGCUUACAUGGUUACUAAAGGAAAGUCUUGGUGGGAACUCCAAGACAGCCAUGAUCGCCACACUGAGCCCUGCGGCCAGUAACAUGGACGAGAGUCUGAGUACUUUGCGUUAUGCCCAGCAGGCCCGUAUGAUCAUUAACAUAGCCAAAGUCAACGAGGACACCAAUGCCAAACUGAUCCGAGAGUUGAAAGCAGAGGUGGAGAAGCUCCGUGCAGCUCAGAUGAGCUCUCAAGGCAUCGAGCCAGAGAAAAUGAGACUGUUUCAGCAAGAGAUUGCAUCUCUUAAGACCACACUCUGUCAACAGCAGCAGGAAAUGGCUGAGGCUCACAGAACUUGGAGGGAAAAAUUGGAAGAAGCAGAAAGAAGAAAACGCGAGGAAACCAAAGAGUUGCAGCGCGCUGGCAUCACCUUUAAGGUGGAUAAUCGGCUGCCUAACCUUGUGAACCUGAAUGAGGAUCCGCAGCUGUCAGAGAUGCUGCUGUACAUGAUAAAAGAGGGCGACACCAAGGUCGGCAAGCUCAAGUCUGAGUUGGCCCACGACAUCCAGCUGUCUGGAGCUCUUAUUGCAGAUGAACACUGUGUCAUCUCCAAUGUAAAAGGUACCGUCAGCAUUAAACCAAUGCCAAACGCCAAGACCUUUCUUAAUGGAAAUCUUGUGUCUGAAUGUACCAUUCUCCACCACGGAGACCGUGUGAUUCUUGGAGGAGAUCAUUAUUUUCGUUUUAACCACCCCACUGAGGUUCAAAGCGGGAAACGUGCGUCUUGUUGGAACGGUGGAGAUGGUCAAAAGGACUUUGAGUUUGCCAAAAAUGAGCUGCUGUCUGCCCAGAGAGCCCAACUCGAAGCAGAAAUCGAGGAGGCACGAUUGAAGGCCAAAGAGGAGAUGAUGCAGGGAAUUCAGGUGGCAAAAGAGAUGGCACAGAAAGAGUUGAGCGAGCAGAAAGUUCAAUACGAGAACAAGAUCAAAGAUCUGGAGAGAGAGCUGGAGGAGGAGAGUGAAAGGAAAAGAAAACAGGAGUUGGAUAAACUGAGAGUCGUCAGCCAGAUAGAGCAACUGCAGACAGCAAAGAUUAUACUGGAACAUGAAGUGAACACCCAUAAGAAACGGCUGCAGCUGGAGGCCAAUGUUACUAGACAGGCCUUGGCUGAUCAUGAUAUCAGGCAUGCUAAAAUUGUAGAAGCCCUUGAGGCAGAGAAAAGGAAGAUUGCAGAAGAUCUUGCUCAGAUUGAGAAGAAACGAGCUCUCAGGGGAAACCGGACCCCUAAAACAGCCUAUCCACAGUGGAACGCCAUGAAGCUGUCUUUGAUGAUCGAAGAAGCAAACAAAAUCAGUGGAAAACUCAGGAAACACACAGUAUUCAGCAGACAUGAGGUGACAGAUAAAGAGAACGGCGGUGAAGAUGUUGAGCUGCAAGUCCAAGUUCAGAACACCAAACUGGGAAUUUCCACAUUCUGGAGUCUGGAGAAGUUCCAGAACAACUUGGCUGCCAUGAGGGAACUCGAGCAGGGGGAGAGCGCCUCUAAAGAUGAUGACGUGUUUUACGACCCUAAUGAUGAGUGGGAACAAGACCUAUCCGCAUCCUCUUCAACCUCCUCGUUCUCUCGUAGGAGGAGUAGAAGUUUGCUAAAGAGUAGGAGGAUAUCUGGGCGUCUCUAUGAGAUCAGAGUGCACCCUAUUCAGAGCUUACAUUGUGCUCCCUCGCAGUCUACAGGGCUGGUGGGUAAAAGCAAGACCCCCUCCCUGCACUCUAGCACCUCUGACUCCGCCCUCCCGGGCAUCUGCAAGGACCUGAUUGGUGCCGCCGUUGCUCGCCUACGCUCCUGCCAAUCAGUGGAGGAGAGCGAAAGCUUAGCAGACAAACUGACCCUAGACCUGCUCACCAUUCACACUGCCGUGAGGUCUAUCGCAGACCUUUACGAGCACCUUGACGACGACACUCAGGAAAACCUGUUUGCAGGCAGCAAUGAAGCCCAGAUUCAUCUGGUGAAGGCCACCUCAGCUGUUGAAAGGGCCGUGUUCAUUACUAUGCACUGGGUCUCCAGCUUUAAGCCUUGUUCAAAUGCAGUGUCGCAAAAGCCCGAGGAGCUCAAGAACGAGGUCAAGAAAAUCGGAGGCUACCUUCAGUUACUUAUUCAGGGCUGUGACUCUGAAAUCUCCUCCAUGGUAACAGAGGCCCAGAGGAAGGUUGCCAAAUGUCUGAAAACAGCUCUCAACACCAUUGGUUUGCUGGCAGGAGUGAAUGGAACUGAUCUUCAUUUGACUGAACUUGGUACCGAGAUCAUAGGCAAUAGGUCGGUUGUGGAUUUUUUGCAGGAUGGGAUGCGUUUAAGUGUUACUGCUCUUCUCGACAUUGGCCUGUCCAUCACUAAAGAGAUUCUGCAAGAUGCGCAGAUGGCUCAGCCUAGAACACGAAUUUUACAAAUCCUGAAAAGCAAAAUGAUGGAGGUCGCCCGCUCUCUGCAAAGCUACAUCCACUGCAGUUUGUCGGAAAGGUCAGACUCCACUGAAAACUGUACAGAGGACGAUGAAAACUCAGAUGUGUGUGGAGUUCAGAACACAGCCAGUAAACUACUCAAGUUAAACCAGGCAAUCGCAGAUCUCCACUCCUCUCUGUCACGCUCCCUGAAGGGGAGGGGGAGCGACGUUGGCCUCAGUUCUUUCAGACAAUCAAUACAGGCUUCGUCCAAGACGAUUGACAAUGUCAUCAGCGGUCUUCCGCGGCAACUGGGAGGCAUUCGUGCUGACCGUCUUCAGCUUACAUGUGUGAGGAGUGUUAUGGCUGCUCGAAAUGAAGUGCACUCUGCAUUGAAUGCUUUGACAGAUGCAUUCGAUAAAAGCACAGAUGAAAUGCUGGAAGAAGAUGUCUGCUUUGCUAAAGCGGAUAUCAUAGAACCUGGUUUUGACAACAGGAAUCGAACAGUCCCUAAGGUUUUGUAUACUGUGUCCUCAGGCAUUAGCACGUGUUCCAAAGACGCCCGCUGGGUGUGAAUGGGGGUACGAGUCAUGUUUAUAACCUCAUUGUGUGUAAUGGUUACAGCUACAGUUAACUCCUAUAUUUACAAUAACAUUUUUAUAUAUUAACAAGUUGCACUCCUUCAGGCAUACAAUAUUGUUUUUCUGUAGUGCUGUAGAACAUUAUCUGAACAAAUUUUGUACGAUCUGUAGAUUUCAUUAUAGUUGCGUAUGAGGAUUUUAAUGAAGGGCUUAUUUGUUUGACGUAUGAGAGUGGGCAUAUAUUCUUUACAAAUGGCCAAGCACAUAUUUUUAUGGUAGUGUAAUUUUGUUUUUUUGGGUCAUUUAUUUCCUAAUUGCUUAUAACUCACUCAUAAAACACUUUACUGUUGAAAAUAUAUUUGCACUUGAAACCUUUGCACAGGCUUGGUAGCACAAGCGUAUAACAUUUUUCUAAGUGUGGGAAUGUGUUUUUUUGCCAGGUGUUGCAGCAUUUAAUCUGGAUCAUGUAACUGUUUGACAAUAAUUUAUAAGAUCAGUAAUAAAUACC